AUGCUCAUCUUCCUCUCGCUGCUCCUCACCGUGCUGGCCUCCCCUCCCAGCGCCGCCGACGCCCCCAUCGUCGACCUGGGCUAUGCCGCAUACCAGGGCGUCGGUCUCCCCGCCGGUGUCACCCAGUUUCUGGGCUUGAGAUACGCUGCGCCGCCGCUGGGUGAGCGACGGUUCCGUGCACCAGCCGAUCCGCCGCGUUCCUCGACCAUCCAGGAUGCUUCUAGGUUCCGCCCCAUUUGCGUCGGGGUCAGCCAGACCGUCUCCGACUCGCAGGCCGAGGACUGCCUCUUCAUCAACGUCUUCACCCCCUCCAAUGCCACCUCCAAGUCCAGGCUGCCCGUCUGGCUUUACAUUCAGGGCGGCGGGUACGCAGCCGACGCCAACGCCAACUUCAACGGCACUGCUGUCAUCCAGCAGGCUGGCUUCGAGAUGGUCUUUGUCAACUUCAACUACCGCACGGGAGCUCUCGGAUUUCUUGCUAGCGAGCAGGUGCGGCAGCAUGGCGACUUGAAUGUCGGCUUGUUGGAUCAACGGAAGGCGUUGCGCUGGGUACAGCAGUACAUCAAAAUGUUUGGCGGCGACCCAUCCCAUGUGGUUAUCCACGGCGCCUCCGCAGGCGCAGGAUCGGUGGCGCAUCACCUCGUUGCAUACGGCGGACGAGACGACGGUCUCUUCGUCGGGGCUGUCGCGCAGUCGCCGUUCUGGCCGACGCAGCGUACCGUCGCGGAGAUGCAGUUCCAGUACGAUCGUUUCGUGAAUGAUACAGGGUGUGCCAUUGGAGAAAAAGUGAAAGAAGACGAUGAUAAGAAGACGCUGGAAUGUCUCCGUGGCCUCGAUAUAGCAACCAUUCAAGCCGCCAACGUGCCGUCCCCCUUUCCCGGUGCCCGUUCGACCACCUCUUCCCCACUACCGACCUGGUACUUUCUUCCCGUCAUCGACGGCGAUUUGAUUCCUGACGACCUGUACCGCCUCUUCGAUACAGGGCGGUUCCUCUCCGUGCCCCUGAUGGUCGGCAGCGACACAGACGAAGGGUCGACCUUUGCGUCUGAUGCCUCGACGCCAGACGAGGUCUCUUCCUUCCUCCAAACAAACUAUCCGCACCUGACGGACCCGCAGCUCAAGGAGAUCAACACUGCGUACCCGCUGCUUCUCCCCGCCCUACCAGCCCACCGCGCCUACUUCCCUUCUCUCUCCGCCGCAUACGGCGACGCAACCUUUACCUGUCCCGCUCUCGAGAUAGCCACCGCCCUUGCCGCAAGACAGACAUCCCCCGUCUGGACAUAUCGCUAUAACGUCCUGUCGCCGCUCAACCAGGCCGCCGGCCUCGGCGUCCCGCACAUGUUCGAAACAGCCGCCAUCUUCGGGCCCGGGUUCGCCGGCCCGGCAGAUCCCUCCUACUCAACUCUCAACAGCGCCAUUGUCCCCGUCACAAUGGCCUACUGGGUUAGUUUCAUCUUGACGCUCGACCCCAACCCGCUACGAUCCGCGGGGGCGCCCGUGUGGCCUCGCUCGGAGCGGAAUCUUACCUCUAGACUGCGUCUGCAGACAAACGCCUCUGUCAUGGAGGCCGUCCCGAACCAGUUGACCGAGAAAUGUACCAUGUGGAGGCGGAUGGCGGGGGUCAUGGAGGUAUAG